AUGUCAAACCCUCGUCAAGAAAUGGUCGACGAACAGGUAAAGAAUAAAAAGAGUCCGCCGGUUGUGCCGGCAGAAGACCAGGCUGUAAAGUCUUCGUCAAGCCAUGGGACAACGACUGGAAACGCGGCACAUCCCCAGAAUGUGCCCCCCGAAAGAGUAUCAGAACUUUUGCUACAGGAGGGGCCCUUGGCCAUUCGCUUUAUUACGAAAGCUUUGUGUAUACAGCUUCCUGGAUUUGGGGAGUUGUCGGCUUCGAAGCAGAGAAGGCUUAUCAUGGGAGCCUUGGAAACAGGCGACAGAAAGAACGGGGUGGUGUUUGCCAAGAUAGGCUGGGGCCAGUGGUCUGCCAAGAAAGUGGAUUCCCCAGAUAAAUUCGAGAGGGAACGCGAAAUCACAAACCUGGCCAAUAGUAAGGUUAAGGACAUGGUUUCGCAGGAAAGACGCAAGAGUAGUGGCUUAUCGAAUUCUUCAACUGCACGGCCUAGGAAAAGCUCGGUGGUGGCGAAACGCGAGGGUGAAUUACGCCCCGGAAACUGGUCCACGUUCUUGGACGAAAAUGCGCUCGCGUCAGAAGACGAGGACGAAGGUGGGAGAACUCCUCAUAUCCACGGCCGCAACGACCAUUUCCAUGAUGACGACGAUGAAUCCCAGGACCCUAGUCAGCACAUCUUGCCCUAUGAUUUUUUCAAACGGCGCAAGUCCAGCGUGGUCUACGCCGAGAAUUCUCCUCCGGACGACUCGGAAUUCGAGUCUGGACCGCCUCUGGCACACCCUGGCAUGAAAACAUACCGCCGUUCGUCCUCUUCCAAGAAACGAUCCCCCUCCAUAGGGAAACGCAACUCAUUUCGCGGGUCCAAUACCAGUUUGGAGGCCGUUACAAGACGGCUGUCUUCCCCAGCCAACUCGCUAGACGACCAGGCCACGCCGAAUUUGACACAGCAAAAGGAUGCGAAAAACCUCAGUAACCACCAUACUCGCGGACGGGAACCGCGCUUAUCAUUUUCGAAGGAGUCAAGUCUUCGCUCCACCUUACUAUCGCAUGCUAGCUGCCGAUCAAGUCCGAUUCAACCACCGCUGGAUUCCCACAUGUCCAAGGAAGUCGCCUACAAGCUCAAUAGCCCAUCGUCUGGCACCAAUGCCCCCGGACCCUCUAACGGCGAGGACGAGGGAGCCAUUUUUGACGAACACGAUGAGGACGAUGGCCGUUCCGAUACUGAUGAAGAGGAUUGGCAACACAUCGGUGCCGAAUCUCUUCGCAACAGCAGGGCCCCCUCGCAGGUUCGCUCUCCACACUCGCCUGCCAUCAGUAACUCUCUGCUGGAUCGCCAACCCCCCCACCUAUCGCUGAGCCCGCCAGUGUUUCGGGAGGGCUCAGAAAGGGUGCCGAAAUCGGAAACUGGACAAUCGAGCCCGAAACACGAACCACAGGCGGAAACUCAAGACGCUGCUAUUCUACUGAUGAGUCUCAAGUCAUGA